AUGGGUCGAUUGAGUGGAUUAGAAUUGAAUAAUUUCAAAUCCUAUAAAGGCAUUACGAAAGUCGGUUUCGGAGAUUCCAAUUUCACCAGUAUCAUAGGCCCUAAUGGGUCAGGUAAAUCAAACAUGAUGGAUGCUAUUUCAUUCGUAUUGGGUGUUAGAAGUAGUCAUUUACGUUCCAAUAUCGUUAAAGAUCUGAUAUAUAGAGGUGUUAUCAAUGAUAAUGGUGAUACAAACGAACAUGGGAAAGUUACUUCUGCAUACGUUAAGGCAUUCUACGAAAAGAAUACAGCUGAUGAUGGCGAUAAUGAUGAUGAUGAUGAUGAGAGACCAGUGGAAUUAAUGAGAGCAAUAUCUACUAAUGGUGAUACCACUUAUAAGAUUAAUGGUAAAACUGUUACUUAUAAGGAAUAUUCUGAAUUUUUGGAAAGGGAAAAUAUUUUAAUUAAAGCUAAAAAUUUCUUGGUUUUCCAAGGUGAUGUUGAACAAAUUGCAUCUCAAUCUCCUAUGGAUUUAUCAAAAUUAUUUGAAGAAGUUUCUGGAUCUAUACAAUAUAAGAAGGAAUAUGAUGAAUUGAAGGAACAAAUUGAGAAAUUAAAUCAAUCUGCUGCGGAAUCAAUUAGAAAUAGAAGAAGAAUUCAUGGUGAAUUGAAAACUUAUAAAGAAGGUAUCACAAAAGAUGAAGAAUAUAAAAAUAAUAUUGAAAAAAGGAAAAAAUAUUAUAUGUAUUUAGUCCUGUGGCAAUUAUAUCAUUUAGAAAAUGAAAAGAAAAAAUCUUUAGAUAAUUUGAAAAAUGCAAAAUCAGAAAUAUCACAAUUGAAGAAUAAAAUUACCAAUGAAGAAAAAAAUUUACAAAGAUCAAAAAGUUCCUUCUUAAAGGAAAAUUUAAAAGUUAAUAAAAAGAGGGAACAACUUAAUUAUCAGUUAAAGGAAAAGGAUAAACUUUUAGAGGAUUUGAAUUCAAUAAAAAUUCCUCAACGUGCUGCUUCUAAACGUAUUAAUAAUAUAGAAAAGAGAAUUGAGUCUAUUCAGAAAGAUAUUGAAAGACAACAAGGUUAUAUAAACACUUUUGAAAAUCAAUUAAAAGUGGUCACUAAGGCUAAAGAAUCGUUUGAAAGGGAAAUUAAAGAAUCUGCUCAAAAUUCAAAUAAAUAUAGUUUGUCAGAUGAUGAUCUAAAACUUUAUGAAUCUUUAAAUGAAAAAUAUUUAAUGGAAAACGGCUCCGCCAUAGAACAACAAAUAUCAUUAUUGAAUAAUGAUAAACAAGAAGUUUUAGAGGAAAUGGAUAGAUUAAAUAGAAAGAUCGAUGCAUCAAAAAAAAGAAUUACAGAGGAACUUCUAAUCUCACAGGAACGUAUUCAAAAUGAAAACAUUGAAUUAGUGUCUUCAUUAAAUGAAAAAAAUAGUAUAUUUUCUGAAAAGACACAUGAAUUAAAAACAUUACAAGCAGAAAUUGAGUCAAGUAAUAACCAAGAGUAUGACACUAACUAUAAACUUAGAGAAACAUUAUUGAAAUUAGAUGAUUUGAAUGCAAAUCAAAGAGAAUCAAUUAAAGAAAAGAAACUAAGGGAGAAUGUAACCAUGUUGAAAAGAUUUUUUCCAGGUGUUAGAGGUUUAGUUCACGAUUUAUGUCGUCCCAAAAAGGAUAAAUACGGUUUAGCAGUUUCAACAAUUUUAGGUAAAAACUUCGAUUCAAUCAUUGUAGAUAAUUUGAAUGUGGCUCAAGAAUGUAUCGCAUUUUUCAAAAAACAACGUUCAGGGACUGCUUCAUUUAUUCCAUUAGAUACAAUUUCUUCCGAGCAACCAACUUUGAAUUUGCCUUCGUCUCAAGAUUACAUUUUAACUAUCAAUGCUAUUGAAUACGAUCCUGAAUAUGAAAGAGCGAUGCAAUAUGUUUGUUCAGAUUCAAUCAUUUGUAAUUCAUUGGAUAUUGCUAGAGAUUUAAAAUGGAAUAAAGGUGUACGAUCUAAAUUAGUAACAAUAGAGGGUGCUUUGAUUCAUAAAGCAGGGUUAAUGACAGGUGGUAUAUCUAAAGAUAGUAAUAAUAGGUGGGAUAAGGAAGAAUAUCAAAGUUUAAUGACCUUGAAGGAUAAAUUAUUAUUACAAGUUGAAGAGAUUUCUACCAAAUCUCGUCUUUCUUCUACUAGAGCUAGAGAUGUCGAGAUCGAACUAUCAACACUAAAUGCUGAAAUAUCUAGUCUCAGGAUGCAACUGUCACAAGUACAAAGAUCCCUCGAUGAGAAUAAAACUGAAAUAAAUCAUCAAAAUACCCUAUUAGAUCAGCAAUAUAAUCCAAAAUUAAAGUCACUGAAAGAAAAAGUUGAUGAGUUCGACAAAUCUUGGAACGAAUUAAAAUCAAAUAAAGAGAAAUUACAAAAUGAAAUAUUCAAAGAGUUGACUGAUAAAGUUGGAUUCACAAUAGAGGAAUAUGAACGCCAUUCUGGAGAAUUAUUAAGGAAACAAUCAAAAGAAUUACAACAGCUUCAAAAGGAGAUAUUAAACAUUGAGAAUAAGCUACAAUUCGAAAUUGAAAGAUUGGAAAAUACGCAGAAAAGACUGACAUCAGCAGAAUCUAAUUUAGAAAAGGCACAUGAAACAUUAAAAUCAUUGCAGAAAGAUGAAAAUGAAUUAGCUGAACAAGUCAAACAAAUAGAGAGCGAAAUAAACAGUGCAAGAAACGAACUAGAUUCUGUGAAUAAAGUUUUUACAGCCCAACAGCUGGAUAUUAAUCGUAUGGAAGAAUCUCUAGGUGAAUUAAACGAUAAUUCACAAACUUUGAAAAGGAAUAGAGAUGAAAUAAAGGAAGAUAUAGCAAAAAAUGAUCUUGAGAGAAUCGGUAUUCUUAAAAACGCUAAAGUCACUAAUAUAGACAUCCCUGUUAUUUCUGAAACUAAUCUUUCUGACCUGCCGAUUGAUAGAAUUGACGAAGAUACUAUAUCAGUUUCUAAUGAAAUUGAUGUUGACUACACUGCACUACCUGCCAAAUACAAGGAAGAAAUGGGAUCGGCUACAAAGAAUGAAUUAGAUACAAAAAUAAAAAAUGUCGAAGAUCUCUUAGAUGUAUUACAACCAAAUGCAAGAGCGGCUGACAGAUUCACAGAAGCACAAGAAAGGUUUGAAAUCAUCGACGGUGAAACAGAAAAAAUCAAAACCACUGAAAGGAAAGCAUUACAACAGUUCUUAAAAAUCAAAAAGAAAAGAAAAGAAUUGUUUGAAAAUGCUUUCGAUUUUGUCAGUGAACAUUUGGAUAAUAUUUACAGAGAAUUAACAAGAAAUCCAAACUCCUCUGCUGAUCUAGCAGGUGGUAAUGCAUCUUUGACUCUAGAAGAUGAAGAUGAACCAUUUAAUGCCGGUGUUAGAUACCACGCUACCCCUCCUUUAAAAAGAUUCAAAGAUAUGGAAUAUUUGUCCGGUGGUGAGAAAACAGUUGCCGCUUUAGCAUUGCUGUUUGCAAUCAAUGCCUAUCAACCAAGUCCAUUUUUCGUUUUGGAUGAAGUUGACGCUGCUUUGGAUAUAACUAAUGUGGAAAGAAUCGCAGCUUAUAUAAGGAGACAUGGUAAUCCAAAUCUUCAAUUUAUUGUUAUUUCGUUGAAAAAUACCAUGUUUGAAAAAUCAGAUGCUCUAGUAGGUGUCUUCAGACAACAACAAGAAAAUAGCUCGAAGAUUGUGACAUUGGAUUUAAGAAAUUACGCUGAUUGA